UGUGCGAGACAGGCAGAGCGGCGUGCGCCUGGCGAGACAAAGGCGGCGGACCAGGGAACAGCUAAGAGAAAGAGGUUAGCUAGAUCCAGAUACAAUUUUCGGGAGGUAUGUGCAUUAAAAUGUAAUAAACUACGAACCGAUACGAAAAAUGACGGGCUGCUAAACGACAUCCGGCUGGAAUAGGUUCUCAUCGACAGCCUGUCCCUUCUCAUUCGUUUUUAAACAUUUUCUCCAACGCCCCCCAAUUUAGCGAGCUAGCUAGCAUUAGCGCACUGGUCGCCACUCACCAUUCCUUCAAGAAUCAAAAGAGAGGAACUCAAUAAAAUCGGGAGUUGGCCAAAGGAAAAGAGCGCUUUUACACCCACAGGCGACCCAAGAUCGGAUGUUCAUCCUCGGGGACUAUGCCUAGCCCCUUAUUCCACCCCGAGAUUAUGGACCACGACAUGGUAGUGAGCAGCCAGCACAACGGGGUCAGCCUGCCCCGAGAAACGGAUCAGGAGUCCCGGGACGAGGGCCAUCAGGAGGUUCUCCGCUUCGCCAUGGACCAGCUGUCACUUAUGGCCCUGGAGAAGGUGGACUGUGGGGGCGGUGGUGGAGGGCACGUUGACCCACUCGACGAGAACCAGGGUCCAGUCUCCGAGAAUUGCAACGGCGGUUAUGUCAACCUGCAGUUGCUGGAGCACCCAGGAGGCUCCCGGGAAUCCCCGACGUCCUGCUCCCCGUCUCCAGAGUACUAUGGAUCGGGCGGGUACCACAUGGCUGGCCCGCACUCUCACUCCAUGCUCGGGGAACAAAACUCAAUUAUCUGCAAUCGUAAAAGGAGUGUCAACAUGACCGAAUGCGUACCUGUGCCCAGCUCCGAGCACGUUGCUGAAAUAGUGGGAAGACAAGGCUGUAAGAUCAAGGCACUGCGUGCAAAGACCAACACCUACAUAAAGACCCCAGUGAGAGGCGAGGAGCCCGUGUUCAUUGUGACAGGGCGCAGGGAAGAUGUGGAGAUGGCCAAGCGGGAGAUUGUCUCGGCGGCAGAGCACUUCUCCAUGAUCCGGGCGUCCCGCUGCAAGGCUGGGGCCACGGGCACAGGAGCACCCGGGACGGGGGGAGCAAUCCCAGGACCCCCACACCUGCCUGGACAGACCACCAUACAGGUUCGGGUGCCAUACCGUGUGGUUGGGUUAGUGGUUGGUCCCAAGGGGGCGACCAUCAAGCGCAUCCAGCAGCAGACCCACACCUACAUCGUGACACCCAGUCGGGAGAAGGACCCUGUGUUCGAGGUGACGGGCAUGCCAGAGAAUGUGGACCGAGCCCGGGAGGAGAUCGAGACGCACAUCACCUUGCGGACCGGGGCCUUCGUGGACCUCCAGGGAGACAACGACUUUCACACCAACGGAACCGACGUUAGCUUAGAGGGCCUGGGCUCGCUGGGCGCUGCUCUCUGGUCUCGGGCCAACAACCACCAUGCUGCCCCUCCACCCCCACCUCCUCCUCCACCACCGCCCCUCCCGCUGGCCAUGCACCACUCAUCUGGGAGGAAGCUGGUCUCCUACCAUCAACAUAAGGGAGGGAUGGGCUCUGAGAGCUACAGCGCCCCCAGGAGGGCCACAGAGGGAGACAGCCCAACCAGCCCCUUCAGCACAGGCUCCAGCAGUGCUGGAGGAGGCGGGUUCACCCCUGGCCUCCCCUCUGAGGAGCUGGGCUUUGAGUUCAGCGCCGCCAACAUCUGGGCACCCUUCGUCAAUGGAGGAGGAGGGAAGGUCCCAGGCUCCUCCCAGCAGCAACCUCUCCGCCGAAACAGCAGCGGCCUGAGUGGAGGCGCCAUCACACCCCGCCUGUCCCCCACCCUGCCCCCUGAUGCCGUGGUGGGACCCCUGGAUCAUCCUAUGGCCCGCCGGGCCCAGAGCGACCCCCUCAGUGCCCUCUCAUGGCUGCAGUCGGGCGGUACUGUUGCAGGGACCAUCUCCGGAGGAUCUAGCUCCAGCUCCGGAGGCUCAUCCACCGGUUACUCCUCCUGCUCAGCCUCCUCCCUGCCCGGAGGCUCUCCCACAGACUCAGAGGGCGGGGGCAGUGGAGUGGGCCUGGCCUCUGGCAUGCUGGGCCGGCUGAAGCCUGCGGCAGGCUCUGGGGCUGGAGGUCUGAUUGGUGUAGGGCCAGGGGGCGGGAGCAGGGACUGUUUUGUGUGCUUUGAGAGUGAGGUGACAGCGGCCCUGGUGCCCUGCGGCCACAACCUCUUCUGUAUGGACUGCGCCGGACAGAUCUGCCAGUCCGCUGAGCCCGAAUGCCCUGUCUGCCACAUCCCUGCCACACAGUGCAUCCGCAUCUUCUCCUAAUGAACCCCCACCCAAAGACAAGGGAGAGAAGUGGAGGUGAGAGGAGGAGGGUGUCAUCUUAAAAAACAUCACUUUUUUCCCUCUCUGACUAUCCAACAGAACUGCAGUGGGGCGUCAACUGUGGAGGAACGGACACCAACAACCUUUGCUAAUAGGAUGAGCUAUAAUGAUUACAAUAUUAGAAAUGACACUAUAAAGAUGUUGAUUUAAUUAUAAUAACUAUGACAAGAAUAAUGGUAGUAAUAAUUAUUAUUAUUAUUUCCAGACGGGCUGAUUUUGGUUCAUUCUGCAGACUGCAGAAGUAGUUGGGCUGGGAUCAAGAGAUUUCACGGUGGACUUGUGUCUUAUCUUUCUUCAGGCCUUCAUUCUGACCUGGACAAGCCUUCAGGACUCAGCCUCUAGGUUGUCUGUAUAGUUUUCAUUCCCUCGCGUCUUCUUCUUCAGAUAUCUCUGCCUGCUUCUUUCACAAUCCUUUUCCUUUGCCACUUUUGUAAUUAAAUAACAGAUAUUUUUUGACGGAGCUGCCUAGACCUGCACCUUUCUGGUUUCUUUCCCAUGUUCUUUGACAGGAUACGAAACACUGUUUUUCUGGUCUUCUCUGUUCUCUAACUCUCUCUUUCUCUCAUGCUGUAGUAUAGUGAUGUAAAGGAAAGGCUUUGGGAUUGUGGUAUGAGCCUGGAACUGACUUUAAAACAGGCACAGAAAGAGACACCUAUGAGACAAGGCUGAGGGACCUCAUAGAUGUUAUGAAUGAAGACUGAAACACUUAAGAUAUUUAUACUGUUCAAAAACUGAUAUUCGAUGUCUUGGUUUUAACGACCAGUAUGGGAAUAAUAUAAUAGUUUAAAGUUAUUUAAGGAAUAUCAGUAGUAAUGCCAUAGGUCAGUUACUCAGUCCCCGUUGGUCUGUCUUUCUCUCAAACCCUCUCUUCCUAUCUACCCUCCCCUCUCUCCUUCAAUAGUUCCAGAGUUGGGCUUUGUUUCUGGUUCGAUUGAAUGAAGCGGAGCCGAGCCUUGUAUUAAACCCUACUGUUGUAUUCCACGUCGAAUGCUCAGCUGACAACAGAAUGUGUAAUUGAAACAAACAUGUCUUGUUUUUGGCUCCAUUCCUCUUUCUUCCCCUUGUGGAGCUCAGUGUAGACACCUAGCCAUCCACAUGACAAACUAAACCCAGUCCACCCAGAUCUUCUAUCUGAUUUGGACAGCUAAAUAAUUUUUAGAAGGGUUUUGGCUUUUACACUGUAAACUGUGGCCCGGUUUGCCCCUGACUUCUCGUCUGUCUGUCUGUGUCUCUUUCUCUGUCUGUCUCUUUCUCUGUCUGUCUGUGUGUCUCUCUUUCUCUCUCUUUGUGUAUUGAAGUCCAACAGGAGUAUAUUGGUCUUGGUGAUGUCACACACACACAGGAAUGUCUCUGCCAAUAGGGAUCUUGGUUAAGAGGAGGCGGCCCGUCCCCAGUAUUAAGGGGCGUCAGAAUGAGCUGUCUCUCUGCACUGCAAACCUUGAGCGACACAUUGUAACGUUUUUAGCCCCCACCUCAACUCCCCCAGCUAAGCUCUUUUUCUCCUAGUCUAACCCCGGAUCACCCAGCCCAUGCGGCAGUGGCAUCCUGGGAGAUAUGUUUUCUGUGUAUUUUCUUUCUAGUAAGUUCACAUCAACUGCCUCUCUCCUAUGGUGUUUUUAACUAUGAUGUGGACAGGUUGGUUUUGUUGUGAUGGUACGGUACACAGUUGUAGUAUGUAGCCCUUUGAACAUAUGUACGGAUGUAUUCAUAGAAUGAGACAAGCCAUGAUAAACAAGAUUAAAAACAGGGCUUCCUAUGAGCACACACACUACAUUUUCAGGUGUUUUAACAUUCUCAUUGGUGACAACAGCGAGAGUAAUAAAUGUAUCCAAUAUGGCAGCUAGUAGCUAUUUCAUCCAGGGCUUCCAGACACUAUGUGUUCAAACCCAAACAGCUGCAGAAUGUGUUGCUUGUUCUUUUCUCUCUGGUCUACGUCUAUAGAACAGUAGUCAACCCUGUUAGUACUGGUCUGUCUCAGUGGUCAACCCUGUUAGUACCGGUCUGUCUCAGUGGUCAACCCUGUUAAUUCACAUCCAUUGUCUGUGAACAAAUUAACAGAAGGCCCUGUUCCAAUACUUUUCAACUGCAGCCUUCCUUUCUCCCCUCACACCUUGAGGUACUAUUCAGUGAUCUACCAUGUGGACAGGUGUUCCUAGCAAUAAGGUCACUUCAGAUCAGUGACUGCCUUCAGGGAGGGAGAAGGAAAAUAUGCAUUUGAAGAGAAUGAACACUCUUCACAUGGUAUAGGCAGAGCUGAAGCCAAGCUACUUUUUAACAAUCCACUUCUGUGUGUCUAAGAUGCGUGACUCUAAACGAGCUAGCCAAGUGAAGGGGACAGAGGCUUGACGUCUUAAUCCGUAAUCUAAUAGUCAACCCUCAUUUAGAUGCACAAUAUCUCCCCCAACUUGAAACGCCCUCCAUGUCUACAGAUGUGCAGCUAGUAGCCACUGAGGACUCCCAUUUUACUGAAGACUACUCUAAUGGUGCGUUGGUGCAAACUUGCUACUGACACAGAUACUGUUUUUAGAAAAAAGGAACGGCCAUCUAGGGCAGCACAGGGGCACAGCGUCCCCUCUCCUGCUUCUCUUUUAAGAAUUAACUGUACAACCCUGACCACACCGUGGUCUUUCUCUCUACCCUCAACAUGAGAGCGAUCGAUCUGUGUAAACUGGCAACCUGUCCCUGCUGGGCUUGAUGUCAAACGUUUAGUUAUCUCUGCUCCUGCAGACACAAGUUAGGUGCAGGGGAGGACGUGACCAUGUCUUUAAAGGAACAGCUAGACUGAGUGUUUGUGUGAGUCUCCUUUAGUGUUAAAUGGAGGCCAAUUUUAAAAGGGCCCCUUUUUUCCAGAACUGCCCAUGACUUCUGUCACUUAAUGUCCAUAGUUGAAUUUGCCAGGUGGUUCUGGUGUAGGUUCUGGUCUGGUUGUUUCACUAGUAAACUCUUUACCCAUGGUCCAGAGUGUUAUGGUAAUGUACAGUAACAAACAGCUAAAAGGUACAGAAUAUUCUCAUAUUCUGCAGAUACAUUUUUUUCUGAACUUCACCCCUCUCCUUUUAGGUUUGAAAACAGGGUUUAUAGAGGCUCGUUGAGGAAUGACCACUGACCUUUUUGUGACAGAGGUGGGCCCAGAGAGUGCCACGCCCAUCUGGGCAAGCCGCUCCCCCUGAAACUCUGCCUUUCUAUUUUGCUUUAAUUCUUUUUGUAUGCAGAACCAAAAUGUUACAUCAGCAAACAAGGUUUCAGGCCUGACUUGUAUGUAUAUACCCUGAAUACAAUCAAUGGGAUCUCGUUUUUAAAAAAGUUACCAGACUUAAGUAAUGAAGUUAAGUGUAGUUUUUAAAAACAUGUAUAAUUAUUUGUAAGUUAACCAUAUGCAUGUCUUCAAGCCAUCAGGCAUUAGAGGGGAGAAACUUUUUACACAUUUUUAUUUUUACCAUUUAUUUGCUUACCUAAAUAUCCCAGACAAUAAUGUGACCCUUUUUUUAUUACUUCUAAAUGAUUUUCCCCUUUAUUUCCUGUGUACUACAUAUAGCCAAUUUUAUAACAAAAUGAGAAAAUUAUUGAAGAAAUUUUUAAAUUGAAAUAUAUUUUAUUUGAAAGUUUAUGGACCUUUUAACCGUGAGCCGGAACAAUUGUAUACGCAUAUCAUUUGAGCUGACUUGACGGUUAUGAGAAAUGUAUCAAGAGUUUUAUUUUUUAUGCUUCUUUAAUAAAAUCUUGUUUUUGGUUUCUUUUUUUACUGUAAAACAAUAA